CCGUGCCUGCGUGAGUGGUGACGCAACACGACGUAAAGUGGGUAUAAAUCGCAGUGCCCCCCGCCUCCACAGUCAAUGGAGCAGUAGAGAGAAGUUGCCAGAACUACAAGUUGAAUUUAAAGCUUUUUGACGCUUGUAAUUUGUUGGAUUUUUAUCUUCGACUUUAAAAACAGAGUACUCUCAGGGUAUUUUUUUAUCUGACGCUGAGCAGGACUGUCAAGAAGACACGAAAGGAUGAAAUACAUUAUAGGAAUUGGCGGAGUCACUAAUGGUGGCAAAACCACCCUGACAAAUAAAUUGAUCAAGACGUUGCCUAACUGCUGCGUUGUGCACCAAGAUGACUUUUUCAAGAAACCUGAUCAGAUAGAAGUCGGGGAGGACGGCUUUAGACAAUGGGAUGUGAUCACAGCUUUGGACAUGGAGGCCAUGACCAACACGGUAAAAGGCUGGAUCGAGAACCCAGUGAAGUUUGCCCGUUCCCAUGGCGUCACUCUUUCUCCUGCAUCUGAUGUGGCCAACCCAGAUGAGCAGAUCCACAUCCUGAUUGUGGAGGGCUUUCUGCUCUACAACUACCUGCCUCUGCUGGAUGUUUUCGACAAGAGCUAUUACAUAACAAUUCCCUAUGAGGAGUGCAAAAGAAGGAGAAGUACAAGACAAUACACCGUCCCCGACCCUCCCGGCUUGUUUGAUGGCCACGUGUGGCCGAUGUACCUGAAGCACAGGAGAGAGAUGGAAAACAGCGGCUUAAAUAUCAAGUCCCUGGAUGGUUUGAAGUCUAAAGAGGAGAUCUACAACCAGGUGUAUGAGGACAUUCAGAACAACCUGCUCAAUCGUUUAUAGGAAGAGUCCUCUCCAUCCCUGUACAGAAGUUGUAAAUAGACCCAAGGAUUCUUUUUUAUGAAGUUUUUCUAACUUUAUUCUUUAUUUGUAAAUGAAACAUAGCAAUGUUAAUUUAUCAGUGUUUUUUUUAUCAUCUUCAGAUGAUCCAUGUUUUUGUUUUUCCCUUGAAAAAUGAUUGAACCAGAGCAUUACUGCGUUACUGUUAUGUUAAACCACUGACUUGUACUGGACCAUUUGUCGCAUUUUCAUACAAAUAAAUGCGUUAGUUGCUGUUAAUAUACAGUACAUCAACUCAA